UCGUGAUGACGUAGAGAGACUUCCGGUUUUGAUCUGCACAUGGCACAUGAUUGUUUUGAAAAACGAAUAAUAUAAAUUUAGCGAGAAAAACAUGGUUGACGUUCAGCUAAGUGAAGCAGAGAAGACCUUUAUCCUCCAUGGAAUUCAAGACAAUCUGCGUGAGGAUGGGCGAAGCUGUGAGGAUUAUCGUCACAUGGAAAUUGAAACAGACGUAGUUUCCAACACAACAGGCUCAGCCAGAGUGAGACUGGCAAACACAGAUGUCCUGGUAGGUGUGAAGGCGGAACUUAGCUCUCCAACCACUGAGAAGCCAGACAGAGGUCGUCUUGAGUUUUUUGUGGACUGUUCAGCCAACGCUACCCCUGAGUUUGAGGGUCGGGGAGGGGAAGAGUUGGCCACGGAGAUCAGUACGAUGUUGUCCCGGGCCUAUGACUGUCCCAGCUGCCUUGACCUGCAGUCUCUCUGUGUUAUUCCCAAGCAACAGUGCUGGGUCUUAUUUGUUGAUAUUCUGUUGUUGGAAUGUGGAGGCAAUCUGUUUGAUGCUGCGUCGAUUGCUGUCAAAGCAGCUUUGUUUAAUACAAGAAUUCCGAGUGUGACGGUGAGUCAGGAAGAUGGGGGCGAGAUGGAGCUGGAGAUAUCGGACGACCCCUAUGAUGUGAAGCGGCUCAAUGUUACCACAGCACCCUGCGUAGUCACACUGAACAAGAUUGGCCACUAUCACGUGGUAGACGCCAGUCAGAAAGAAGAGGCAUGCUCCCUUGCCAGGCUGCUGAUGGGGGUCAUGGAGAAGGGUUCAAUCACGGCACUGAAGAAAGAAGGGUGUGGCAGUCUCGACCCUGAGAGUGUGUUCGAUAUGAUGGAGACGGGAAAGAAGAUCGGCCAGGCCCUAAACAGUAGCCUGAUGAAGGUCCUAGAGGAAGAGGAGAAGCAAGGCCCCAGGAGGAAAACUGUGGGCUUCCUCCGAUAGCAGCACCACCAAACCACAGACAUUGUGGACUGAUGGGACUGUGCCCCCGUGGGGAUGCCGGGGCAGAAUAGGUCCCCAGCACCAAGUGCUUGUCGUAAGAGGCGACUAAAAUGAGGACAAUAGCAACUAAGUCCUGUACAACCUGGCAUCACAUGACACUGGUUACAUGAAGGAGUGAGUGUGGGUAUUGUCAUCUCCCCGAGGCAAGAGAGUUAACUGGAUAUAAAAGUCCAGUUUCCACCCUUGCUGAACUGGGCUGGUGUUAUGGAGUUACAUUUUGGCUGGACUAACGAGUCUAUGCAUAGUCCAAUCAAAA